CACCACCCUCAACACUGUCCCUAGAUUCGGGGAUCACACAUGACACGCCGACACUGAAAGAAGCACACUCCUUGGCCACAAGAACGUACUCCAAGGAGAAGGAGGUGAAGAAUAAUUAAGCCAACCCCAUACAGAAGCCAUGGGGCUCCGACAUUUCCAUCCUCUCGCAAUGCUCCGUGUAGAUGCUGUCGCCGUCGCCGUCGUCCUGCUGCUGCUUCUGUCCUCCCCGUCCCCGACCUCCCAGCUCAGCUUCAGCGCCACAUUUGGCCCCUGGAUCAAUGGCGCCUCGCCACCGCCGUCUCCUCCCAGCCCCGCCUUGACGCAGAGCAACGGCGGGCAAGAGUACGCGGCUCUGCAGGCGCUGAAGGCGGCCAUCUCCGAUGACCCCCACGGCGCGCUGUCGUCGUGGCAGGGUUCCAACGUUUGCGCCUACAAGGGCGUCUACUGCUCGGCGCCGCCCCCCGGCGCGGCGGCGGCGGGCGCGGUGGUCGCGGGCAUUGACCUCAACCACGCGAGCCUGAAGGGCACGCUCCCGGCCGCCGUGUCGCUUCUUGCCCACCUCACGUUCAUCCACCUCAACAGCAACCGCCUCGGCGGCGCCGUCCCGGACACGCUCGGUGACCUGCAGUACCUCACGGAGCUCGACCUGAGCAACAACCUCUUCUCCGGUCCCUUCCCCGCGUCCACAUUGCUGAUCCCGUCGCUGGUGUACCUGGACCUGCGGUUCAACGGCUUCUCCGGCGAGCUCCCCGAGGAGGUGUUCGCCAAGAACCUGGACGCGGUGUUCCUGAACAACAACCAGUUCGAGGGGUCGAUCCCGGAGACGCUGUGGUCGUCUCCGGCAACGGUGAUCACGCUGGCGAACAACCGUCUAACGGGCCCCGUCCCGACGUCGUACAGCUACGGCGGCGGGGGCGGGCGGCUCCGUGAGGUGCUGUUCCUGAACAACCGGCUGACGGGGUGCGUCCCGGAGGCGCUGGGGUUCCUGCCGUGCAUCGAGGUGCUGGACCUGAGCAGCAACCUGCUGUCGGGGCACCUGCCGAGCACGCUGUCGUGCCUGUCGGGCAUCGAGGUGCUCAACAUCGCGCACAACCAGCUGACGGGGGAGCUCCCGGAGCUGGUGUGCGAGCUGCGGCGGAUCACGAACCUGUCCGUGGCCUUCAACUUCUUCUCCGGGAUCAGCCAGGGCUGCGACGCGCUGGCGGGGCGCAGCGUGUUCGACUUCGCGGGCAACUGCGUGCCGGGGCGGGGCAUGCAGCGGCCGCAGCCCGAGUGCGACGGCGCGCCGGGGGACGCCGGGCUCAGCUGCCUGCGCAUCCCGGGGUCGCGCCCCGUGGCCUGCGCCGAGGCCGCCGUGUCGUUCGGCGUCGGCGCCACGUUCGGGGGCGCGCUGCCGUUCGGGCUCUCCGGAGGCGCCGGCGUCGGGGUCACGGUCACCGUGCCGUGA